AUGCUGUAAGUUAACACUGAAGUUACCUUACCUUGUGUACCUGACUGCAACCUACGUCCUACGGUCGACGGCAUGACCCACGACGAUAACCCACGCAACCACUACAUGAAAGACGACGAGGUGAACUAUCUGGAAGAGUUCGACGACGAGGAUCCGGGCGAGCUUGUUGCAGUGCUGGAUAGCGAUGGCAACAUCAUCCAGGAAACGAUCUCCGACGGGGACGAGGCCGACAGUGAUUGCAUGGACGACACUGACUUCUACACGCCCGAAAGAGAUGACUCGGUCGUCAAGUUCCACGGACACCAAGAUGUUUUUGCUUGUGCACUAAGCCCUGAUGGAGUUUACGCUGGUACUGGAGGACAGGAUGAGUGUUUCUUACUUUGGAAUACUCAUUCUGGAAUAAUGUUGUUCAAAUCAGCCUGCUUCAAAGAUUCCGUGACGAUGAUCGAAUUUAGUAAAGAUGGCAAGUAUAUCGCAGCAGGGGAUAUGGCAGGGAUAGUUGUUGUUUGGAAAAUAGUCGGAGGCAAUGUUAAUGAAGUAUACUCAUUGACGGUAGACGACGGUUUGAAGUGGCUACAAUGGCAUCCACAAAGUAAUAUCUUACUCGUGGGAAGUCCAACUAUUUGGAUGAUUCAAAUACCUACCUGUCAAGUCAAAGUGUUUCCGGGAGUAGAGCCCAGUACGGACAUUGGACGAUUUAUGCCUGAUGGGAAAAGAGCAGCGAUAGGUUAUGAUGACGGGAGUACAAAAAUUUUAGAUCUUGCUUCAGGCACCAUUUCCUGUAAAUUUCCAUCUACGUCAACUAACUUGGAUUCAAUUAUUUCAAUGGCUGUUCAUCCUGAUAACGACAUCAUUGCUGUCGGGUCUGUCAGCUCAAAGGUCGCCAUAUUCAAAACUCAGCGUCCCAAGCUUCUUGGGACCUUGGACUGUAUUGAGACAGGAGUUGUUGAAGGUGUACAGGAAAUGCUCAGUACUAGCGUCGAGUCGCUUCAGUUCGGUUCUAGUGCAAGUUCGCCUCUUAAACUCCUUGUCGCUGGCACUGAUAAUGCCUUGCACAUUGUUGACUACUUAAAACUUAAUGUGAGAAAUACAAUUAAAGUUGCUGAAGGCCUUACGAGGUUUGUCUGGCCAGAAGGAUCGGAUUAUAUCUUCGUAGGUACAAAAAAAGGCCCAAUUAAUGUCUACAAUCCAUUUACGAACGAACAGAUGAUGUCAUUUUUAGGCCAUUCGUCAACAAUUUUUGAUAUCAAUUAUUCCAAGAUGGGCAAAAAACUCAUCACCGGUGGAGAAGAUGUUUAUGUAAGGAUAUUCAAUAUGGUAGAAGUAAGGCCACUCGAAUCAGCCAGUUGAGAGUGUCGGAAAUUUUAAUUUGAAGAGGAUUAUUUAUUUUGUAAAUAAUUAUAUUGAAACCCUCUUUUGAAGAACCCUGUUUAA